AUGUCUUCCAAACGCUCGAAACACAGAAACCAGAAAUCUACAAACAACGAAAGGCCAAACCGUCACCCCUCAACUGCAGUCCCUCCAUCGAAGACACCCUCUUCGAACCCUCCAUCUCGAUGGCGAUACGUCGAGUUGCCUGAAACGCCGCCACCAAAACCAUCGCUUGCGCGCACCAGAAUUAGGAAAAACAGGAGACCCAGUUUGGACAAAGUUGACGACCCUGACACAGACUCCUCAACGGAGUACCUUCCAUUUCCAAAGAGGCGCAAGGGCACCCCUGUUACCGAUGAUGGCCUUAGUCCCUAA